CUUUCCUGUCAAAAUAGUCGACAAAGGUGGUACUUUUUUUCUUCCGUCGCCGAAAAUGGCCAAAAUACGCGGUCGCCACAACGCAGUGCAGCGAAAUAAUAAGAGAAAAGGCCGCAAUGAUAAUGGCAAAUUACGAUUUUCUUGUGAAUCCAGAGAAAUGCUGGCGAAAUAACGCCGAUUGCCGGCGAUUUGUGAUUGUACUGCGUUGUGGGGAAGCGUCUGCCGCAGCGAAUUUUGUGUUUGUAAUUGAACCGAAAGCUAAAAUACCGGUGAUGAACAUUGCAGAUGGCUAUCGGCUCCAAGAUUAUCAAGCCCGGCGGCUCGGAUCCCGAUGACUUCGAGAAGUCCAUUGCCCAGGCGUUGGUGGAACUCGAGGCCAACAGCGACCUGAAGCCCUACCUGCGCGAUCUGCACAUCACCCGUGCCCGCGAGAUCGAGUUCGGCAGCAAGAAGGCCGUCAUCAUCUACGUGCCCAUUCCACAGCAGAAGGUGUUCCAGAAGAUCCAGAUCAUCCUGGUCCGCGAGCUGGAGAAGAAGUUCUCGGGCAAGCACGUCGUCGUGAUUGCGGAGCGCAAGAUCCUGCCCAAGCCCACGCGCAAGGCCCGCAACCCCCUCAAGCAGAAGCGUCCACGCUCCAGGACUCUGACCGCUGUGUACGACGCCAUCCUUGAGGAUCUGGUCUUCCCCGCCGAGAUUGUGGGCAAGCGCAUCCGCGUCAAGCUGGACGGCUCCCAGCUGGUCAAGGUGCACCUGGACAAGAACCAGCAGACCACCAUUGAACACAAAGUCGACACCUUCACCUCGGUCUACAAGAAGCUGACUGGUCGCGAUGUUACCUUCGAAUUCCCCGACAACUACCUGAAUGUCUAGAGCGGCGGGUUCUCGUUCGAGAGUAGCACUGGUUCGCCGGUUCAUCUGGGAAUAUGAGUUUUUUACAUGAGCUAGAGAACGUGAAUAAACAUUAAACAAUCUAAAACU